AUGUUGUUCCGCUCAAUAUUUAUUAUUGCUGUUUUAAUUAGUCUUGUUUGUGUUGUAUUUGUUCAAUCUGAACAAGGCAAUGGCGUUUCGAUCCAUCAGUUAAAAGCAAAAUUUCCUCUAAUUAGUGAUGAAGACGCAUCACAAUGGCUUUCAACACGUAAUAUUCCACGACGUUGGCGUAAUCAAAAUAUUAAUCAACAAUCGGAUGAAAUUAAUCAAACAUUAAAAAAAUUACAAGCACUCAAUGACAAUGGUAUUCGCCAAUUUGACACAUCAUCAUUUGAAGGUGUUGCAAUGGAAGUUAUAUUUGAAAUGGUUUCUAAAAAUAAUGGUGGAUCCGGAUAA